AUGGCUGAUCAGCUCAACAUGUCUGGCCUGAACAUCCAGGACCAGCAGAACCAACCCCGCUCCUACAUUCCUCCCCACAUGCGUAAGAUGAAUGGUGGUCCCCCUCCUCCGGCUCCGGCGGCGGCGGCGGCAAUGAACGGCGGCGGUGGUAUCAACAACAGCGCCUGGGCUGGUAGAGGCCAACAGAAUUUCGAUGCCCGCGCGCCCGCCGGUGGUGACUGGCCUGCCAUGGGCGGCCCCGGAGGUCCUGGAGGUCCUCCCGGCCCCCCCCCUGCCCAGCAGCAGUCCUUCGCUCCUCGUGGUGGCCGUGGUGGCUGGCAAGAGGGCGGCGGUCGCGGCGGAUACAGCGGCGGCGGCUACGGCGGCCACGCUGGUGGUGGAGGUGGACAGCAGGCCCGUGGUUCUGGCGAUGGCCAGUGGCGCGACGGCAAGCACAUUCCCGGCCCUGCCAACCCCCGCGUGGAGCGCGAGCUCUUCGGUACUGGCGUGGACGACUCGUCCAAGCAGCAGACCGGUAUCAACUUCGAGAAGUACGACGACAUUCCUGUUGAAGCUUCUGGACACGACGUCCCUGAGCCGGUCCUCACCUUCUCCAACCCCCCUCUCGAUAACCAUCUUAUCGGCAACAUCGAGAUGGCUCGCUACAAGGUCCCUACCCCCGUCCAGAAGUACUCGAUUCCCAUCGUCAUGGGCGGUCGCGAUCUCAUGGCUUGUGCCCAGACUGGUUCCGGAAAGACUGGUGGUUUCCUCUUCCCCAUUCUCUCCCAGGCCUUCAUCAACGGUCCUUCUACCGUUCCGCCCAACGCCGCCGGCGGUUUUGGCCGUCAGCGCAAGGCUUACCCCACUUCGCUGAUUCUGGCUCCUACCCGUGAGCUGGUUUCCCAGAUCUACGAGGAGUCCCGCAAGUUUGCGUACCGCUCCUGGGUUCGCCCUUGCGUCGUCUACGGUGGUGCCGACAUCGGUUCCCAGCUCCGUCAGAUCGAGCGCGGCUGCGACUUGCUCGUUGCUACCCCUGGACGUCUUGUCGACCUCAUAGAGCGCGGUCGUAUCUCCCUCCAGAACAUCAAGUACCUUGUGCUCGACGAGGCUGACCGCAUGCUUGACAUGGGUUUCGAGCCCCAGAUCCGCCGCAUUGUCGAGGGCGAGGAUAUGCCCAACGUCCAGAACCGCCAGACCCUCAUGUUCUCCGCCACAUUCCCCCGCGACAUUCAGAUGCUCGCUCGCGACUUCCUGAAGGACUACAUUUUCCUGUCUGUCGGUCGUGUUGGUUCCACCUCCGAGAACAUCACCCAGAAGGUCGAGUACGUUGAAGACGUCGACAAGCGCUCUGUCCUUUUGGACAUUCUCCACACCCACGGUGCUGGUCUCACUCUCAUUUUCGUCGAGACCAAGCGCAUGGCCGACUCUCUGUCCGAUUUCCUUAUCAACCAGAACUUCCCCGCCACCUCGAUUCACGGUGAUCGCACUCAGCGCGAGCGUGAGCGUGCCCUGGAGUUCUUCCGCAACGGUCGUUGCCCCAUUUUGGUUGCUACCGCUGUUGCCGCCCGUGGUCUCGAUAUUCCCAACGUUACCCAUGUUGUCAACUACGACCUGCCCACCGACAUUGACGACUACGUCCACCGUAUCGGUCGUACUGGUCGUGCCGGAAACACUGGCCACUCCACUGCUUUCUUCAACCGUGGCAACCGUGGUGUCGUUCGCGAACUUCUUGACCUCCUUAAGGAGGCUAACCAGGAGGUUCCCAGCUUCCUCGAGACCAUUGCCCGUGAGUCCUCCUUCGGCGGUGGCCGUGGCGGUCGUCCUCGUGGCGGUGGCCGUGGACAGGGCGCCAACCGUGACUUCCGCAAGUUUGGCGGCGGUGGCGGUGGUGGCGGCUUCGGAGGUGCCCCUGGCGGUGGCUUCAGCGGAGGUGGCGGUGCCGGCGGUGGCUAUAGCGCUGGCGGCGGCGGUGGUGGUUUCGGUGGCCCCCCCCCUGCUGCCGGUGGCUUCGGCGGCGGCGCUGGCGGUUAUGGUGGUGGUGGUGGUGGCUACGGCGGCGGUAGCUACGGUAACCCCGGUGGCGGAAACUCGUCCUGGUGGUAA